AUGGCUGAAGGCCCGAUUCGCAGCGCUGAAAGGAAUACUUUCACAAAUGAUACAGGGCUCGACCAUUUCUUAGGGCAAUGUAUGCAUUUUGAUACUCGCUACUUCAAGCUCCUUUGCUACGUCAUUUCCUUCUCAAGCAUUUCGCAGUAUAAAAGCCACCGUCACCCUCCAAUUUCAUUUACACCUUUCACUAGGUCCGCCAUGGAUAUGAACUGCCAAACUUUCACAUCUCAUCCGAUUUAUUGCUCCCAUCCAUCACUUCAAUCACGGCCAGAGGGAAUUUUAGAGCCAUUUGCUGAAGCGAUCGAAUAUUUAGCAGCAGCAAAGUCAACGACGAAAGCACACGUCCUCUAUGUCUUUGUAGGCGCCAAACAACUCCCAUUGUUAUUAACACAAACCCACACUUUUUAUUGCUCCCUAGAUAGAGGCUUCGGUAAUGAUAAAAUCCCUACGCUUUGGUACAGGGGAAUUGGAUACCUUAACCCUGAUUUAAGACUCUGGGAGAGCUUCGCGAAUAGCGAUGGUAGCCCCUGGGAGCGGUCUCCGACUACUGGACGAUCUGACGGAAUAUUUUAG